UUGUUGCGUCGAGUAGCACGAAUAGAGGAAGAGGAAGACGCGGGUCGGGCGCCAUUUCACUCCUCAUUCAUUGGCGUUGAGGCCUAUUUUCUUUUUGCCCUGGAUCACCUGAGCGUCUGCAGUCAUGGUGAAAAUCUUUAUCGGCAAUCUCGCCUGUAACACCAGCGUCGACGAGCUGCGGGGCCUCUUCGAGAAAUACGGCAAGGUCACCGAGUGCGACAUAGUCAAGAACUUUGGCUUUGUGCACAUGAGCGUCCUUUCCGAGGCCGAGGAGGCCAUCCGGAACCUCAACCAGCACCAGCUGAACGGCUGGCGGAUGAACGUGGAACUGAGCAAGGGUAGGCCCAAGUCCAGCACCAAGCUGCACGUGGGCAAUCUCGGCGAAGGGGUCACCGCGGACAUUUUGCGGGCUAAAUUCGAAGAGUUUGGCUCGGUAGUGGAAUGUGACGUGGUGAAGGACUAUGCCUUCGUUCACAUGGAGCGAAUGGAGGAUGCCAUGGAUGCCAUUAAUAAGAUGGACAACACCGCCUUCAAAGGCAAACUGAUGAGCGUACAACUGUCCACCAGUCGGCUGCGCACGGCCCCGGGAAUGGGAGAUCAUACCGGCUGCUUUGUCUGCGGGAAACACGGUCACUGGUCAAAAGACUGUCCAGUCGAUCGGAACAUUAGCCACGGUGACGACAUGAGAGGUUUCGGCGGCCGGGGCCCCCCACGCGGUCCCCCGGGUUUCGGCAGGGGUGGCUACGGAAUGGCCAGCGGGCCCUCUAAUUUCAUGGCCGGCGGUCCGUUUAACCGGCCUAGUUUUGCCGGCGGGAUGCCGCCCCCUCCUCGGAGGCCCGGCCCCGAGAUGGGGGAUAGGUACGGUGAGAGGUCUGGAGUUUUCGAACGAGACCGUAUGCAAGGCAAUGUCGACUUCUACGAGAAGUACAGAGCUCGCCCUUACGGCUCGAGCUAUUUCGAGGAGCGCCGCAUGUCCUAUCUCCCCCCUCCCCCACCUCCCCCACCCCCUUCUUCCCUCUCAAAGUUCUCGGGCGUGGACCCGUACGACCGGCGUCCUCCGCCGCCGCCCGCGCCGGCCCCCCCCUCCGCUGCCGCUUACUACGCGAGAGAGCACAACCCAAUCAGCCGAGUACCCGUCACCCCGGCCGGCUACGCCUAUGAGCGAAAGCGACUGUCGCCGGUGUCCGCCACCAGGGGCUCCUUCAUGCCGCCGCGGCACGUGCCACGUUACGCGCCGUACUAAAGCCCACGGUAAGCCUGGGAUGUUCUUAAUGAAAACCAGAAUUAAAAGCAACACCACCACCACCCCACCCCCACUCUCCAAAAAAUGCAUUUGCUUUUUUUGAUUUGUAGGUCAUGGACUUUUUCCUGCAUCCGUCGUGUCGUCAAGCUUCCUGGGUCAUGGCACGAUUGGUUUUUUUAUGAUGAUUUAAUUUUACAUAGCUCAGUUGAAUAUACACAUUUGGUGUUCCAGGUUGAUUUCUUUAUAAUCUGUACAUUACUGACUAGUUUUUUUCAAGAUUUUCAGAUCAUGCACGUUUAGUUUUUUUUUUUUUUUUUUGGGCCACGUCACACGUGAAAUUCCUUCCCGUGUCAUUUAAAAAGUGCACUGGCCUCGUCUGACGCAUUUGUACGCGCGGCGGAAGAUCCAAAACUCAUUUCAGUCGCAAAGUUCAUUUGUUUGCUAAAAGUCGUUGCCGACAGGUUCUCAUAUGCUUUAUUAAGCAUUAAUGGAUCUAAAUGCCACGUUGAAAUGAUCCCACUCAAUGUAAGUUCCUCAAAUAGAAGUAACAAAUAAUAGUUAAGAGAAAAGAAAGAACAUUCCAAACUGCUGUUUGACUUCAGUGUUUGUCUGAAAGUAAAAAUUUUAUAUGCCCUUUUUUUUUUUUUUUUUUUUUUUUUGCCGUUCUAAAGUGAGACUUAUUUGAAAUAAAGUGUCAUUUAUUGACAGCAAGGCAUGGAACGUGUUAUUCACCUGGACUUGUUUUGUCUGUUUGAACGCUGUCUUUGCAAGAAUCUGAGGGUUGACUGACGGACUUGAUGUCAAGAGGCACCGUGUGUUUUUAUGUGCCUUUUCUUUUCAUAUAGGUGGUGUUGAAUAUUUUAUUUUUCAUACUAGCUGUAAUAGUACCAGCAUAGUUUUUUUUUUUUUUAAUUUUUUUGUAAUAAAAAGAAGUUAUCUUGCUGUCAA